AUGCUGACCGGGAGGGGCCGAGGGCCCCUGCAGAUUGUGCAGCGCCGCAGUCAGGAUCUACGACAACAGGUUGGACGUUUGCUUUCUGAGAGUCAACUGAAAGGAGCCCUAGAUGUCAAUAAAAGGCGGGAUAUUUUUCAGAGAUGUAUCCAGUUGAAAAGGGAAAUAGAUGAAAACCGAAAGGCUCUUAAAAAUUUAAACAAAGGAGAUGAGCCAGCUCCUGUGGGGAACUACAACCAGAGGAAAGAGGAUGAAGAAAAUAUUUUGGAAAAGCUUACAAAGCAGCUACAAGAACUUGCUUCAACUAUAAGUGGAGAAAAUGUUACUCAACAUGAAAAAGUUCAGAGUAUUUCCCAGGCUAAAGAAGAGGAACGAGACUCUGAGGAAUCGGAGGAGGAGGAUGAGGAUGAGGAGGAGGAUAAUGAAGAUGAAGAAAGUGCUGAGGAUGAUGAGGAAACAGAGGAGGAAGAGGAAGGUGACUCUAGUGAUGAACAGCCAUGUAAUAAAGAAUAUAUUGCUGUCGGUGAUUUUGCUGCUCAGCUGAGAGGAGAUCUUGCAUUUAAGAAAGAUGAAGUUCUUCUCAUACUUGAAAAGAAACCUGAUGGCUGGUGGAUAGCUAAGAAUAUUCAUGGAAAUAAAGGUCUUGUUCCCAAAACCUACCUGGAGCCUUGUGUUAAAAAGGAAGAUGAUGAGGAAUACAGUGAAGAGGAAAGUGAAGAAGAUGUGGAAGUGGUAGAUGAAACAGCUAAUGGAACAGAGAUCAAAACACGAACUGAUUCUCAUUGGAGUGCUAUUAGAAAAGCUAUGACAGAGAUUAACACAAUUGAUGUUUUGACUUCUAUGGGAGCUAUUCCAGCAGGGUUUCGACCAUCAAUGCUUUUCCAGCUUUUAGAAGAAGGGAGUCAGUUUCAAGCAAGUUGCUUUUUACAGCCUGAACUUACCCCUUCACAACUAGCUUUUAAAGAUAUGAUAUGGGAUCCUGAAAAAGGCACUAUUAAACCUCGACCAAGCCGUGUGUCAUUGAUUCUAACUUUAUGGAGCUGUAAAAUGAUUCCUCUUCCAGGUGUAAGCCUACAGAUCCUCAGCAGACACGUACGCCUUUGCCUAUUUGAUGGAAGUAAGGUCCUGAGCAAUAUUCAUACAGUCAGAGCUACAUGGCAACCUAAAAAGCCCAAAACGUGGACCUUUUCUCCACGAGUAACUGGUAUCUUGCCAUGCUUGCUUGAUGGAGAUUGCUUUAUUAGAUCUAAUUCGUCAUCACCAGAACUUGGGAUAUUAUUUGAAGUUGGCGUCUCUUAUGUUCGUAAUUCAACCGGUGAAAAGGGAGAGUUAAGCUGUGGCUGGGUCUUCCUGAAACUUUUUGAUGCCAAUGGAAUACCCAUUCCUCCCAAAACCUAUGAACUUUACUUGAAUGGUGGCACUCCUUAUGAAAAAGGUGUUGAAGUGGAUCCUUCGGUUUCAAGAAGAGUUGCCAGCAGCGUUUUUCAUCAGAUGAUGACAAUGAGGAGACAGCCUCAACUUCUGGUCAAACUGAGAUCUCUAAAUAGAAGGUCAAGAAGCAUAUUGAGUCUACUACCAGAAACAUUAAUAGGAAAUAUGUGCUACAUUCACUUGUUGGUAUUCUAUCGAGAAAUCCUUGGUGAUGUGCUCCUGAAAGACAGGAAAAGUAUGCAAAAUGCUGAUUUAAUUAGUAGUCCAGUACUGGCAACCUUUCCUAAACUCAUGGAGCAACCUGACUUGAUGGAUGCACUUAGGACUGCGUGGGCUGAAAAAGAAAGUACUUUAAAAAGAUCUGAAAAGAGAGACAGAGAGUUUCUGAAGUCCAUGUUUAUCAUCGUCUACCAUGACUGUGUGUACCCUCUGCUCCAUUCCACCCUCCUCCCGCCAUUCCGGUGGGCAGAAGAAGAAACCGAAGCUACUCGGUGGAAAGUGAUUCAUGACUUCCUCAAGCAAAACCAAGAAAACUCUGGGGCUCUCCAUGCUUUACUGUCACCAGAAGGUGUUCAUGAACCUUUUGACAUUUCAGAGCAGGCCUAUGACUUCUUAGAAGAAGCAAGGAAGAGUGGAAGGUGAUUGUGAUGAGUAUUAAGAUUCCAGUCCAGUUGAAAAGUUGUCUGUAGAAAUAAAUAUAAACUCUGAAGUGGCCAUUCGAGCAGAAUGAUAGCAAUCAAAUGGUUAGU